AUGGCGCAAGAUGCCCCUGCAGAUACUGCAGGCCCAUCAUCUCCUCCGCCUCGACUCCCUGAGGGCUGGCUCCCGCAGUGGGAAGGCGUUCAGCGCCAGUGGUACUAUGUCCAGCGGGCGACUGGCAAGUCACAAUGGGAUAUACCAACCGAGCCGGUCGUUUUAUCACCCUCCACAACCCCGACGUCUAUCGGAGCCGGGCCUUCGCAAGCGCCCCCGCCUCAACCAUCCACCAACAACCCACAAGUGACAACGACCGGAAGCUCAUUGGUGGAGCGAAUGGAAUCAGCGGUGGACAAUGAGGGAACUUCCGUAGGGGAUCACACUCAUCAUGUCUGCAUAAGUAUUGGAGCAGUGGCACUGAUGGUGGAAUAG